AUGCCUCGCCGAUCUGCUACUUCCCCUUCUUUCGCCAACGACUCUUCCAACCCACCCUCCUUUUCGUCUACUUCUGGAAAGGGCGGUAUCGCCAUCAAAGCCUCUACAUCAAAACCGAAUCGCUUCACCCAGCUCUUCUCAACGUCCCCUAAAUCCAAAUCCGAACCCCAAUCCGCACACUCCGCUCUCCAGGCAGCUGGUGGGAGUUUCCAACCCAGUCCUGUCGCUCCGCCGAUCAGUUCGGCAUCACUGUCCCUACCGACCAUUUCUUUAUCGACAGCUACUGCGGGCAAUCCCAACAUGGACGAGCCUCCGACCACACUAUUCCAGCCUCCGUCACCCGAAGAGGCCCGUCGCCAGGCCAAGCAGCAUGCCCAAUUCGGCCCCAUCGGCCAUCCAAGCCACCGCUACUCGAGUAGACACCCUGGCGGUGUCUUCCCAGAGCCAGUGAUGGACGAACCGCCCUAUUAUUAUCUUCUCACUACUUAUAUCAGCUACUUGAUUUUGAUUGCUUUCGGACACGUCCGCGAUUUCUUCGGGAAGCGCUUCCGCGAGGAGAAUUAUCGGCACCUGAAACCUCGCAAUGGAUACGGUGCUCUCAACAGUGAUUUCGACAACUUUUACGUGCGUCGUCUCAAGCUGCGUAUUAAUGACUGUUUCGAACGCCCCGUGACCGGGGUCCCUGGAAGAUACAUCACCUUGAUCGACCGGGCUACCGAUGACCACAACAAACACUUCUAUCUCACCGGAACUACUACGGAUACCUUGAACCUGAGCUCAUACAACUACCUCGGAUUUGCCCAGUCUGAAGGUCCCUGCGCUGACCACGCCGAGGAUACUCUGAGGAAGUACGGGAUUAGUGCUCCUAGCACUCGCGCUGAGGUGGGAACGCAAGAUCUUCAUGCCGAAGUUGAGAGUCUUGUUGCCAGCUUUGUGGGCAAGGAGGCCUCGAUGGUCUUCUCGAUGGGUUUUGGUACAAAUGCAAAUAUCUUUCCGGCCUUGGUGAGCAAAGGCUGUUUGAUUAUCUCCGAUGAAUUGAAUCACGCAUCAAUCCGCUUUGGCGCCCGUCUCUCAGGUGCGUCCAUUGGCAUGUUCAAGCACAACGACAUGAAGGACCUGGAGGCAAAGCUGCGUGAAGCCAUCUCUCAGGGCCAGCCACGUACUCAUCGCCCAUGGAAGAAGAUUCUGGUCGUUGUUGAAGGACUGUACUCCAUGGAAGGAUCCAUGUGCAAUCUUCCAGGUCUCAUUGUGCUGAAGCGUCGCUAUAAAUUUCAUCUCUUUGUGGACGAGGCGCACUCAAUUGGAGCUAUAGGUCCCAAGGGGCGGGGUGUUUGUGACUAUUUCAGCAUUGACACAAAGGAGGUAGACAUUUUGAUGGGAACCCUUACCAAGUCAUUUGGCGCCAAUGGGGGCUACAUUGCCGCUGAUAAGGCGAUGAUUGACAAACUUCGUGCGACCAAUUCCGGUAUUUUCUACGGCGAGGCGCCAGCUCCUGCUAUUUUGGCGCAGAUCUCUUCCGCGCUCCGCAUCAUCAACGGGGAAAUUGUUCCGGGCCAGGGUGAAGAGCGGUUGCAGCGGUUGGCCUUCAACUCUCGAUAUCUUCGCCUCGGAUUGAAGCGUCUUGGCUUUAUAGUGUACGGUCACGACGAUUCGCCAAUUAUUCCUGUCCUUCUUUUCAACCCUGCCAAGAUGCCCGCCUUCUCCCACGAAAUGCUUAGGAGAAAGAUCUCUGUCGUCGUUGUCGGAUACCCCGCCACUCCUCUUGUAUCCUCUCGGGCUCGUUUCUGCGUUUCUGCCGCGCAUACCAAGGAAGACCUUGACCGCGUCCUGACUGCCUGCGACGAGAUUGGCAAUGUCCUGCAACUGAAGUUCUCUACUGGAAUUGCCGGAGGCGCUCUACCCCCCGAUGAAGGUAUGGGCCAUCCUCCUGAGAAGGAGAUAGAAUUACGGCGCAAGCGGUCGCCGAAGAUUGUGCCUCCUCGUUGGCGUAUUGAGGAUGUCAUCAGACGGGGUGUACAAGACGUCCAAUCGCCAUUGUACUAA